AGUACCUACUGUCCCCGGUGUAAUUUAUUUAAUGUAAAGAAGAGGAAACUAAAUAAAUGGGUGUUUAUCGGGAUUAAAUAUAUUAAUUUCUUAUAAGUUAUAUAUAAUUUCCUCAUUGUAGUAUGUAAGAUUGAGUUUGUUUAGGUUUUCUACGUUGUUAAGCUCAUAGGUUGUUUUUUGUUGUUUUUGCCAUAAUUUGAAUAUAAAUAGUGCUGAUAAGGAGUUGUUUGUCGAGUUCAGACGUUCAAGAUGUUUAAACUAAUGAAAACUAGUCGAACCAUUUCAUUUGUGUUCAAACGCACAAUGUCUUCUCAAGAGCCGGAUGUGCUAUGUGACACUCUGAACAAUGCUGGGGUAAUGACACUGAAUCGCCCCAAAGCCCUUAAUUCAUUGAACGAGUCCAUGGUCACCAAGAUGUUAGCCCAGCUCCGAGAAUGGGAGAAUAGCAAGACCAUGGUUAUCGUAAAAGGAGCAGGGGACAAGGCAUUCUGUGCCGGUGGAGAUGUCAAAGUUGCCAUAGACAAAGUUAUGGGACCAAGAUUCUUUUUUACAGAGUACAAUGUCAAUUAUUUGAUUGGGAAAUAUAAGAUUCCGUAUAUAGCUCUUAUAGAUGGCAUCACAAUGGGCGGUGGUAUGGGUGUUUCUGUCCACGGAAGGUACAGGAUAGCAACGGAAAGGACAACUAUUGCGAUGCCAGAAACUAAAAUAGGAUUGUUUCCUGAUGUCGGUGGGUCAUACUUCUUACCAAGGCUGCCGGUCAACCUUGGGUUGUAUUUAGGUUUAACUGGUGACAGAUUAAAAGGCCAAGACGUUGUGAAAGCCGGCAUAGCCACUCACUUCGUACCCAGUCGCCGCCUUUACGAACUCGAGACCCUGCUGUCUCGGUGCUCCAACGAUGUGGAGAUCAACUCGCUUCUAACCAAGUUCAGUGAACCACCGGUAGAGUUCUCGCUGGCACCAAACAUCAAGCACAUUAAUUAUUGCUUCGCCGCGUCUACGGUGGAGGAGAUUAUUGAGAGACUGGAAAAGGUUAAUAAUGAGUGGUCGGUUAAGACUAUACAGACUCUAAAUCAAAUGUGCCCCGGAUCGCUGAAAAUCACGUUACGGGCCAUGCAGCGCGGCGCUCAGCUGGAGCUGGGGCAGUGCCUCAAGAUGGAGUUCCGCAUCUCCUGCUGGGCGACGCUGCACAACGACUUCCCUGAAGGUGUACGAGCCCUUUUAAUUGACAAGGAUAACAGCCCAAAAUGGACCCACAAAACUGUCUCCGAAGUGGACGAUGACUAUGUGGAGAAGUUCUUCAAGAAACUGCCUGACGCUAAGGAAUUGAAGUUCUUUGAUGAGGAGUCUAAGCUAUAAGCAUUUCGCGGUUCGCAAGCGCUUUGAGUCUUAUGAAUAAUGGCUCUGUCUACUCCGUGUUAAGAGAGGAUAUAUGUGUUUUUAAUCGCUCGGGAAAAGGUACAAAAAUAUUAUUGUUCUCGGGGCUGUUUUUUUUUUAAUUGCAACAAUAUAGUCUGAAAAUAGUGUCAUCAUAAGAUUUGUCAGCAACUAUCUGACGACUAGUAGGAAUGUAAAGAGUUGAUUCGUUCAUUCCUUCACUCAAUGAUUGAACGAAUGAAUGAAGUUCAAAAAUAAAUUCUAUCUAUCUAAUUUGUUUUAGUUAUGUAGGUAUAUUGAAUGUACUUGGUAAAUUAAUUUGUUCAAUUAUUUAAUGAAUUAACGGCGUGGAUGUGAUAUUUUACUUUCCACAUUUAGGUACCAUGGGUUUUUAAUUCAAUUGAAUUUUACGGUUUGCUGUGUGGUUCCCGGCACCAAUGCAAAAAAGUAUAGGACCACUUCAUUUCCUUCCCGUGGAUGUCGUUAAAGGCGACUAAGGGAUAGGCUCAAAAACUUGGGAUUCUUUUUUUUAGGCGAUGCGCUAGCUACCUGUUACUAGUUGAAUCUCAAUUCUAUCAUUAUGCCAAACAGCUGAACUUGGCCUAUCAGUCUUUUCAAGGCUAUUGGCUCUGUCUACACAGCAAGAGAUAUAGACUUGACGUAGGUAGCUAAAAAUAUGCCUAAAUGUUUAUAUACUUAAAGUGCCUUUUAUAAUCAUGAUGAUAAUUUCCAUAGAUUUCUUUAUCAAAGAAAUCUCACCUACUAGAUUUUUGAACUUCAAAAAGGAGGUUCUCAUUGCGAUUUUAAUUUGAUUUAAUUUUAUACUCCAGUCGUAAUUAUUAUAACACACGCAUGGUGUUAAAGUUGUGUUCUAUUGCAUUUUUUUUUUAAAUAAACCGAAUUGUGAAAUUGAAUUUACAUAAGUCUGCGUUUCUUCCAUAUUAGGUAUUAGGAAAUAGAUUUAAGGAAGUAUCUUUUUUAUAUAAGUUUUAUUUUUAUUCUUAUAUUAAACUUAUAUAUUUAAUUUUGUGGCCUUUCAGCAGUCUGACUGCAAAUAAUGUGAAUUUUUAUAGAAUUUAUACUUAAUGUGGUUAAAACCAAAUUUUUAUAAUAGGUGUAUAUCUUUUGUAUGAAUUUUGUAAGUAUGUAUGAAGAUAUAAAAGAUGUAAUGUUGUUGUUGAAUGCUGUGUUAAAAUAUAUAUUAGUCCAAUUUAA